CGUUCGCUGCUCUGCGCGGGGCCCGGCGUGAGGCGCUAAGAUGGCGGCUGCUGCGCAGGGGCUGUGAGGCCUAGUAGGAGCCGGGGAGAUGGCUGGGGAAGUGCCCGACAAGAAGGAGCGGGACCUGUCGCCCCCCAAGGAGGAGAGGAAACGCUCGCGCUCCCCGGACAGGGAUCGCGACAGGAAGAGCUCCCCGUCCAAGGAGAGGAAGCGGCACCGGUCCCGGGAGAGGAGGCGGGGCAGCCGGUCCAGAUCCCGCUCCAGGUCCAAGUCAGCAGAGAGGGAGCGGAGACACAAAGAGCGUGAGCGCGAGCGGAAUAAGAAGGAUCGUGAGCGGGAGAAAGAUGGACACCGGCGGGACAAGGACAGGAAACGCUCCAGAAGCUUGUCCCCGAGCCGAGGCAAAGACUCCAAAUCGCGGAGGGAACGAGACUCGCGGAGGGGGGAGGAGGAGGAGGAUGCGGCGCUGAAGAAGGAGAAGGCCCAGCCUCUGUCUCUGGAGGAGCUGCUGGCCAAGAAGAAAGCUGAAGAGGAGGCCGAGGCCAAGCCCAAGUUCCUGUCCAAGGCGGAGCGGGAGGCCGAGGCGCUGAAGCGGCGUCAGCAGGAGGUGGAGGAGCGGCAGAGGCUGCUGGAGGAUGAGAGGAAGAAGAGGAAGCAGUUUCAGGAUCUAGGGAGGAAGAUGAUGGAGGAUCCCCAGGAGCGCGAGCGCAGGGAGCGUCGGGAACGCAUGGAACGGGAGACCAACGGCAAUGAGGAUGAGGAGGGGAGACAGAAAAUCCGUGAGGAGAAGGACAAGAGCAAGGAGCUGCAUGCUAUCAAGGAGCGGUACCUGGGCGGGAUCAAGAAGCGCAGACGCACCCGGCACUUGAACGACCGAAAGUUCGUCUUUGAGUGGGACGCAUCGGAGGACACGUCCAUCGACUACAACCCACUGUACAAGGAGCGACACCAGGUACAGUUGCUCGGCAGGGGCUUCAUCGCCGGCAUCGACCUGAAGCAGCAGAAGCGGGAGCAGUCGCGCUUCUACGGGGACCUGAUGGAGAAGAGGCGGACGCUGGAGGAGAAGGAGCAGGAGGAGGCCCGGCUGCGCAAGCUGCGGAAGAAGGAGGCCAAGCAGCGCUGGGACGAUCGGCACUGGUCCCAGAAGAAGCUGGACGAGAUGACGGACAGGGACUGGCGUAUCUUCCGCGAGGACUACAGCAUCACCACCAAGGGGGGCAAGAUCCCCAACCCCAUCCGCUCCUGGAAGGACUCCUCCCUGCCCCCCCACAUCCUGGAGGUGAUAGACAAGUGUGGCUACAAGGAGCCCACCCCCAUCCAGCGCCAGGCCAUCCCCAUUGGCCUGCAGAACCGCGACAUCAUCGGCGUGGCUGAGACCGGCAGUGGCAAGACGGCCGCCUUCCUGAUCCCACUGCUGGUGUGGAUCACGACGCUGCCCAAGAUCGACAGGAUCGAGGAGUCAGACCAGGGCCCCUACGCCAUCAUCCUGGCCCCAACCCGUGAGCUGGCCCAGCAGAUUGAGGAGGAGACCAUCAAGUUUGGGAAGCCUCUGGGUAUCCGCACAGUGGCUGUAAUCGGGGGCAUCUCCCGGGAGGACCAGGGCUUCCGGCUGCGCAUGGGCUGCGAGAUUGUCAUCGCCACGCCUGGGCGGCUCAUUGAUGUGCUGGAGAACCGCUACCUGGUGCUGAGCCGCUGCACCUACGUGGUGCUGGACGAGGCGGACAGGAUGAUCGACAUGGGCUUCGAGCCCGACGUGCAGAAGAUCCUGGAGCACAUGCCCGUCACCAACCAGAAGCCCGACACCGACGAGGCCGAGGACCCGGAGAAGAUGCUGGCCAACUUCGAGUCGGGCAAGCACAAGUACAGACAGACUGUGAUGUUCACGGCCACCAUGCCCCCGGCGGUGGAGCGCCUGGCCCGCAGCUACCUGCGCCGCCCUGCCGUGGUCUACAUCGGCUCGGCCGGCAAGCCCCACGAGCGCGUGGAACAGAAGGUCUUCCUCAUGUCCGAGGGGGAGAAGAGGAAGAAGCUGCUGGCCAUACUGGAACAGGGCUUCGACCCGCCCAUCAUCAUCUUCGUCAACCAGAAGAAGGGCUGCGACGUGCUGGCUAAGUCCCUGGAGAAGAUGGGGUACAACGCCUGCACCCUGCACGGCGGCAAAGGCCAGGAGCAGCGAGAAUUCGCCCUCUCCAACCUGAAGGCCGGUGCCAAGGACAUUCUGGUAGCCACGGAUGUGGCUGGGCGUGGUAUCGACAUCCAGGACGUCUCCAUGGUGGUGAACUACGACAUGGCCAAGAACAUCGAAGAUUACAUCCACCGUAUUGGCCGCACGGGCCGAGCCGGCAAGAGCGGAGUGGCCAUCACCUUCCUGACCAAGGAGGACUCCACAGUCUUCUACGACCUGAAGCAAGCCAUCCUGGAGAGCCCGGUGUCGUCGUGUCCCCCGGAGCUGGCUAACCACCCCGAUGCCCAGCACAAGCCGGGCACCAUCCUCACCAAGAAGAGACGGGAGGAGACCAUCUUUGCGUGA